CAUAAUGACAAAGUGUUUCUGCGGAAGAAUAGAAGUACGUGAAAGCUGUCUUUAGACACAUUUCUAAAGUAUUAGCGCCAGUUUUCAGCAGAAUGAGCGUCGACAGUGUUUUUCGUACGCGUUCUCUUGGUGUGGGUGUAGUUGGACUUCCAGAUCAAUAUGCCGAUGGGAAAGCAGCAAAAGUGUGGCAGCUCUACAUUGGAGACACGAGAAAGAGAACAGAAGAAUACAAAAGUUGGGUCGUGUCUUUGCUGAGAAAGCAUGGCUGUCAAAAGAUCCUGGAUGUAGCCUGCGGAACGGGAGUGGACUCCAUCAUGUUGGUGGAGGAGGGAUUCAAUAUGGUGAGCGUGGACGCCAGUGACAAAAUGCUGAAGUAUGCCCUAAAAGAGAGAUGGGACAGAAGAAGGGAACCAGCUUUUGACCAAUGGGUUAUCGAUGAGGCCAACUGGCUCUCGUUGAAGGAUGACGUUCAGAAGCCAGGCGGUGGAUUUGAUGCGGUCAUCUGCUUGGGAAACUCGUUUGCUCAUCUGCCAGAUUUUAAAGGGGAUCAGAGUGACCAAAAGCUGGCCCUUCACAACAUUGCAAGUAUGGUGAAGCCAGGGGGCAUCCUGAUCAUUGACCACCGUAACUAUGACUACAUUCUAAAGACUGGAAAUGCACCUCAGGGAAAGAAUAUCUAUUACCAGAGUGACCUCAAGCAGGACAUCGACACGUCUGUGCUCUGGGUGAACAACAAGCCCCACAUGAUCACACUGGACUACACUCUGCAGUAUCAGGAGGGAGACUCCGCUGAGGUUCAGACAAGUAAAUUCCGUCUGUCCUACUACCCUCACCGUCUGGAAAGUUUCAAGGAACUGCUCAAGGGCGCUUUCGCUGGAAAGUGUGAACAUGAUGUCUAUGGUGACUUCAAACCCUACAAACCUGACCAGCCCACAACACCAUGCUAUUUUGUUCAUGUUCUCAAGAGGACAGCCUAGAACCAACCAAAUGUAUGUGGCGAAGCAAGCUAUUCAGGCUUUCGGUCGACUUCCACAAUGCCUUUUUAUAUACCCACAUCCCACUUUCUUUCCCCAGUUGGGAAUCAAAGAUGAUUCAUCAAUGGUGGAUCUUCCUAAAACUUCGAAACAAACUAAACCAAAAAAAAGGUCUUAACCGUGGCUUUUAAGUAGAGCAGCGCAUUCUGUGAUUUGGCCAAGUUCUUUGUCCUUUUUGUAGAUUUUUGUCCCUUGCUUCAUGUUGUAAGCUCAGCUUCCUCUACAGUCAAAAAGAAUUCUGUGUCGCACCUUUGCUUUUACAAUGUGUUCCGUUAAGAUGUUGGAACAAGUGUGUUUUCCAACCUGAAUUAUCAAAAGUCCCCCUCUGUCUUUGUUGGGCCAGCUUCUAACUAUUUUUUGGGUUCACCAUUUUUAUCUUUAUAAUAAUAAUUGAGAACUUGAGGUCCAAGUUAUUUUCUCGUCUUAAGGAUGGAGCAUAAGUUGCCAACAAAACAUCCAAGUAUCAUCAUACACAAGCAAAAGUUAGGUUUUGUAGGUUAAAGCCUAUCAGGUCCGAAAAUGUAGACAAAUAUUCAUUAUUCAAUGUAAUUGGGUGAAUCUUAGCUCGAUCUACGAUUCUUUAUGUUGAACAAACAUAAAUAUGGUAUGUAUUUUUCACAUAAUUUGUGAUUUUUCCAGAUGCAAUGUACCACCUUGUUACACUUUUUAAUUUGUGUUUUGUAUAGAAAACAUGAUAUUCCUGGAGUUCACCUGAUCUCACACAUUCAUACGUCAUUGGCCAUUGCAUUGCACAAAAGAACAAUAGAUAUGAACAUUAAGCAAAAGCAUCCACAUACAACAGCAUGAGCACUACGCUUCUCAGUUGAAUGUUUCUCCCAGCUUGUAAAUCAUAUUUGUCUAUUGUAAAUAACUGUGAGAACAGUUGUGGCAUUACCAUUUAACAUUACUUCUAAUUUUUUCCUUUUAACUUUUUUUUUUUUUUUAACAUAGUAAGACAACAAAUAAGACAUUUCAAGCAGUAUUUCAAUACAAAAUACAACUUAGGUCAGGAAUGUCAAUACUAUGUCCCAACAGUUCACUGUUGUAAUAAAUAGACUAUUCACUAUCGAUAUAUUGAUCAAUGAUAUCCUUGAAAAUAGUUAGAGGUGAUCGGGGAGAAAUGGCAGCUUUGUGAGUAGUAGUUGUGAUGCGUGUUCUUUUGUAAUUGUGUUUUCUUUUAGAAUCUCUUAUGCUUCUAUGAGUUGACUUUUUUUUUUAAGAUUUUUUUAUUUCAGAGUCUUAAAUGAUGCAAUUUCAUAAUGUAAUGGUGUAAGCAGUUUGAGCAUUUGUCAUCUCUCUUCAAUGCAGCCAUUAUUAAAAAUCGACAGUUUUAAUUCAAA